AUGCAUGCAGAUCCUAGACAACAGCUGGAGAACAAAACUGACAAGCAGAAUGGAAAGGAUCCUAACAUAUACAUGUCACCAUUGUUAGUUGCAGCAAGACAUGGUAACACAGAAAUGGUGGAGAAAAUCCUUCAAAUUCAACCGGCAGCCAUUCUGGAAAUGGACCCAGCAAAUAAGAACAUAUUUCUAUUGGCAGCGGAGCAUAAACGUUUCGAAGUACUCGAGCUCUUACGGGAGAAGUUCAGUAAUAUGAAGAGUGCAUUUCGUGCAGUCGACAAUAUGGGGAAUAAUGCAUUGCAUGCUGCUGCCAAGUAUAGGCCUGGGCGUUGGAUUGGCAUUCCGGAUGGUUUGCAAAUGCAAGUGGAAACGAUUCUAUUUGAGACCGUGAAGAAGUCAGUGCCAGAAUAUAUCUUAGGUGGCUCCAAUAAUGAGAAUAUGACCCCAAAGGAGGUAUUCGAACACACACACGCAAAGCUCGUAGAAACAUGCAGGAAAUGGCUUAAGGACAUCUCCAACCAAUGCUCUGGCCUAGCGGGAAUCAUUGCAUCCGUUACCUUUGCUACAUCAACUGCUAUACCUGGCGGUGUCACCGAAAAGGACAGACCUAAACUUGAAAACCAGCUAGGGUUUACAAUCUUUGCAGUUUCAUCACUCAUUGCUCUUUCCUCCUCAGUAACUUCGGCCGUGGUGUUUCUCACCAUUGCCAACUCCAGGCAUGAAACGGGACAUUUUGCUAGGAAAGUGCCAAGGAUGCUUUUCUUUGGCUUCUUCACUCUCUUCAUAUCAAUAGCGGCAACGUUGAUAUCCUUCUGUGGGGCGCACAUCUAUAUCCUUGGAUAUAAACUGAAGUAUGCUGCAAUUCCACUCUAUGCACUCGUAGUCCUGCCAACAAGGGUCUUUUCUCUGGCGCAGUUUCGUAAGUCCUGCCUCCAACUUGCAUUGGCCACCUUCGAGAUGAACGUUGACGGCAGUGGCUGA